CUCUCUAUCUCCAAGAAAUGUAUCUGUUUGAAUUUUCUUUCCCUCUCUUGAUCAUCAUCAUGUGUUUUACUUAUUCUACAUGGUGGUACCUUAAUAAUAGAUCGUGUAAAUUAAGCUCAUUGCCAACAAAUUGGCCUAUUGUUGGAAUGUUGCCUGAGCUUAUUCGAAAUCUUCAUCGCGUCCAUGAAAAAACAACUGAAGUUCUUAUAGAAAGUAAGGGAACAUUUGAGUUUCAUGGUCCUAUAUUUGCCAACUUCAACAUGUUAGGUACUAGUGAUCCUGCAAAUAUCCACUAUAUCCUUAGUAAAAAUUUCUCAAACUAUCCGAAAGGUGUUGAGUUCCGUAAAUAUUUUGAUAUUUUUGGAAAUGGGAUUUUCAGUGUUGAUUAUGAGCUAUGGGAGAUUCAUAGGAAGACCACAAUGUACUUAAUGGGACAUGCUAAGUUCCAUACUUUGUUGGAGAGGAAUAUAUGGGCAAUUAUCGAAAACGGGCUACGACCAAUUCUUGAUGAUUUUGCUGAACUGGACACACUGUUUGAUUUGCAAGAUAUUUUCCACAGAUUCACUUUUGAUGUUAUCUGUAAAUUGUUACUUGAUCAUGAUCCGAAAAGUUUGUCUAUUGGUUUACCUCAUGUGCCAUGUGAAAAGGCGUUCAACGACACUGUGGAUGCACUACUUUAUAGAUAUAUCUUGCCAGAAUGUUGCUGGAAGUUGCAAAAAUGGCUUCGAAUUGGUAGAGAAAAGAAGCUUAUUCAAGCAUGGGAGGCUUUUGAUCAAUUCUUAUAUCCUUGCAUUUCGCGGAAGCAAGAAGAGUUGAUGCAUAAAAGUACAAUCAAAGACGAGGAAUUCUCAUUUUUAAAUGCAUUCAUCAAAAUGUACAAUCAAUGGAAAGAUGGCGAUUUGGGUACUUUGCAAACAUUUCUAAGGGAUACUUUCUUGAGUUUGAUGCUUGGUGGUAGGGACACCACAAGUGCAGCUCUCACUUGGUUUUUCGCCCUUAUGGCUAAAAAUCCCUCUGUAGAGAAAAAGAUUAGAGACGAGAUUCAACAACAAUUGCAUCUAAAAGAAGAUGAAAAUCUCAACUUUUUCAACAUGCAAGAAACAAGAAAACUAGUCUAUCUACAUGCUGCUUUUUGUGAAACUUUGAGGCUCUUUCCAUCAGUUGCAAUUGAGCAUAAACUUCCACUUGAAUGUGACAUUCUCCCGAGUGGUCACCGUGUUAGUCCAAACACGAGAGUUAUGCUAUCGUUCUAUACAAUGGGGAGAAUGGAAAGUUUAUGGGGAAAAGAUUGCUUAGAAUUCAAGCCAGAGAGAUGGAUUUCUAAACGAGGAGAGAUCAAACACGAACCAUCGUUUAAAUUCACAGCCUUUAAUGCAGGUCCAAGGGCUUGUAUUGGGAAGGAAAUGGCAUUCACUCAGAUGAAAUUAGUGGCAGCUACCAUCAUACACAAUUAUCAUAUCCAAGUGGAAGAUCAAAUAAUAACUCCAAGUUCUUCUGUUAUCAUUCAAGUGAAACAUGGUCUCAAAGUUAGGCUCCUCAAAAGGGUUCCUCUUGUGUGAACAAUGCUCGGGAUUCAAAC